UAUCUAUGAGACGAUAUGUGCCGGGGACAAGCUCAGUUACCCAUCAUUCCAACAUAUUAUCUUCAGUUCCAAGUGGAGCGAGAUAAUAUCGUGCAGUCGGCGCUGGAAAAUGUCGAGAAAUACUGGGACGAUUCGGAUUCAAACUCCGUCUGGCUCAAACCUUUGAAAGUAAACUUUGAAGGGGAGUAUGCGAUAGAUGUUGGUGGCCCCAGUAAGGAAUUCUUUCAUUGUCUGUUCUCCGCCUUGUUGGACCCAGACCUUCACAUAUUUCGGAAGAUCGAUGAUCAUGCUGUUUCUUCAAACGUGUGGUUCAACCCGGAGUAUCUGGAUUAUAGCACCUUGGAGAAGAUCGGUCUCCUCUUUGCUCUCUUAAUCUUCAACGAAGCUGUUACUACCGUGCCUUUCCCUGAGCAGCUCUACGAGAAGCUGCUUUCAAACAGAGACCCUGAAGCUAUUGAUCUAGAGAAAAUGGACCAAGGGUUUGUUAAACAGCUUCGUGAAAUAGAGGCGGAGAACGUGGAAGCCCUGGAUUUGGACUUCGAAGAACUCCGGCCAGGGGACGAGAAUGUCCCCGUCACGAAGGAGAAUUUGGAACUGUACAUCAAGGAAAAGAUGACCAAGCGGUUAGCCAUUCCUCAGCUUGCGGCCUUUACCAAAGGAUUCAACAGACUAGCCUCCAUGACACCUCUCAUGAAGACUAUCUUCAAAGCAGAAGAUCUGAGAGACGUCAUCCUGGGUGAAGAAUUGGACUGGAACGCUUUCAGAUUGAGUGUCUAUUACUUAGAUCCCUACUGCGAGGACCACAAGGUCAUCAAGAUGUUCUGGAAGGUGUUUGAUGAAUUUGAGGAAAACGACAAGAGACAAUUCCUCAAGUUCUUGACAUGUGCUGACCAUGUUCCUGUUGGUGGCUUUGUUCGCUUCCCUGUGAGACGAUUGGACAACAAAGCUGACAAAUACCUAGAUCCUGACGAGCCCAACAAGUACCCGGAACCCGGUAAUCUAAUGCCAGAGGUGAUGACCUGCAAAGAUUUUCUGUCCAUGGAUCUACCAGAGUACGAGACCGAAGAGGAUUUACGUUUUCGGCUUAAGAUGGCCAUUGAGACCAGGGGGUUUCACUUGGAGGUCGAGGCACCACCUUGUGUCUCUGCGACGGCGCCUUUUCCCGAACCAUCAAUAUUGCAGCAGGCCGUACAAGGCGUCGUGCAGCUUCUGUUCGGUGGAAGACGCUAGUCCUAGGUGCUGGAUUUGUGCUUUUUUUCCCCUCCAAAACACACACGAGAAAAAAA